AUGUCGGCUCCGGGACGGCUCCUGCUCCUGGCCACCGCGCUGGCCGCGGGCGUGCAGCGGAGCGGCGGCGCCGAGCAGCCAGAGCCUGCUCUGUGGUCCUCCAGCAGCGACAUCGUUCAUCCAGUCAAGGUUGAUGAGAGCGGAUCCUUUCUGUCCUACGACUUGUCCCACCGAGCCCUUCACAGAAGGUCUCUUUCCUCCAAGAACAAGUUUCUUGCUUUCUAUGAACUGCAUUACAAAGGACAACCGCUGAAAUUCAACCUGAGCCUUAACGUCAACCUCCUCACCCCUGGGUUUGUCAGUGAGAGGCGGUACGGGGGAAUCGCCGAUGCCAAGAUCCAGUCCCACACGUAUAACUCCUGCCACAUGAUCGGGGAGGUCCGGAGCCGGACGCUGAAGGGAGGCCUGGCUGCGCUCAGUACGUGUGAUGGGCUGAAAGGUGUGUUUCGGCUCAUGGACGAGGACUAUUUCAUUGAACCAGUAGCCGCCAGCUUUCCCGAGGAUGCAGCAGCACAGCCCCACAGGGUGUACAAACGCCAUGCUCCUGAGCACCCGGGAGAGCAAGAGAGAAAGCAGCCAGCAGCAUGGGCAGCCUGCGGUGUGCAAGAAUCUCAGGAAAGCCUAGAGAAGUCUGAGAAGCGGAGGGAAAGAUGGGAACAGAAACAAUACAGGAAGAGAAGAAUAAAGCAGCGUUCCAUCAGCAAGGAGAAGUGGGUGGAAACGCUGGUGGUGGCAGACACCAAGAUGAUAGAAUACCAUGGCAGUGAGAACAUCGAGAAGUACGUGCUGACUGUGAUGAACAUGGUGGCGGGGCUGUUCCACCACGCCAGCAUUGGGAACCCCAUCAACAUUGCUAUAGUGCGACUCAUCCUGCUGGAGAAUGAAGAGGAGGAUCUGAAAAUCUCCCACCAUGCAGACAACACCUUGAAAAGCUUUUGCAAAUGGCAGAAGAGCAUUAAUGUGAAAGGAGAUUCCCAUCCCUUGCAUCAUGAUGUUGCAGUCCUGCUUACAAGGAAGGACAUCUGCGCAGCAAUGAACAGACCCUGUGAGACCCUGGGUCUGUCCCACGUGGCGGGGAUGUGCCAGCCCCACAGGAGCUGCAACAUCAAUGAGGACACAGGGCUGCCCCUGGCCUUCACUGUGGCCCACGAGCUUGGACACAGUUUUGGGAUUCAGCAUGAUGGAAGCAGCAAUGACUGUGAGCCAGUUGGGAAAAGACCUUUCAUCAUGUCUCCACAGCUCCUGUAUGACACGUCCCCGCUCACCUGGUCCCGCUGCAGCCGGGAGUACAUCACACGGUUCCUCGACCGGGGCUGGGGGCUGUGCCUGGAUGACCCCCCUGCUCAGGAGGUGCUGGACUUCCCCCUGGUGCCCCCGGGCGUUCUCUAUGAUGUGAGCCACCAGUGCCGCCUGCAGUAUGGUGCCUACUCCACCUUCUGUGAUGACAUGGAUAGUGUCUGCAACACACUGUGGUGUACAGUGGGGACCACGUGCCAUUCCAAGCUGGAUGCUGCUGUUGAUGGGACAACAUGUGGGGAGAACAAGUGGUGCUUCAAUGGUGAGUGCGUGCCCGUGGGUUACCGUCCUGAUGCUAUCAAUGGCAGCUGGGGGCCCUGGAGCUCAUGGGCUGCCUGCUCGCGGAGCUGCGGUGCGGGUGUGCAGAGCGCCGAGAGGCAGUGCAGCAACCCCACGCCAAAGUAUGGGGGCAGGUACUGCCUGGGAGAGCGGAAACGAUUCCGGAUCUGCAACAUCAAGCCCUGUCCUCCUAACAAGCCGUCCUUCCGCCAGGUCCAGUGCAGCCAGUUCAACCCCAUGCUUUACAAGGGGAAGCUUUACAAGUGGACGCCAGUGCCUAACAACAUUAACCCCUGUGAGCUGCACUGCCGGCCGGAGGAUGAAUACUUUGCAGAAAAGCUGAGGGAUGCCGUCAUCGAUGGGACCCCAUGCUAUGAAAUGAACUCCAGCCGGGACAUGUGCAUCAACGGCAUCUGCAAGAACGUGGGCUGCGACUAUGAGAUCGACUCCAACGCAGUGGAAGAUCGGUGCGGUGUCUGCCACGGGGAUGGCUCCACCUGCCACACUGUUAAGAAGACAUUUGAGGACAGCGAGGGACUGGGUUAUGUUGAUAUUGGGAUUAUCCCUGUUGGAGCCCGAGAGAUCCGGAUUGAAGAAGUCGCAGAAGCUGGAAAUUUUCUGGCGCUGAGGAGUGAAGACCCAGAGAAGUAUUUCCUGAACGGUGGCUGGACCAUCCAGUGGAACGGGGAUUACAGGGUGGCAGGGACCACUUUCACCUAUGAGAGGACGGGAAACUGGGAGAACCUCACCUCUCCAGGGCCCACUGUGGAACCUGUGUGGAUCCAGCUGUUGUUCCAGGAAACCAACCCUGGUGUGCGCUACCAGUACACCAUCCAGCGGCCAGCUGACAGCGAGAACGAGAUCGAGCGCGCUGAGUUCCUGUGGCGCUUCGGCUCCUGGACCGCGUGCACAGCCACGUGUGGCACCGGGGUGCAGAGGCAGAUUGUGCACUGCGUGGAAAAGCUGGCUGGCAUUGUGGAGGAGCACUACUGUGACACACUGACACGGCCUGAUGACCAGCAAAGGACGUGCAAUGAGGAGCCCUGCCCAGCAAGGUGGUGGGUUGGUGAGUGGCAAAAGUGCUCAGCUACAUGUGGGACAUCAGGGUUGAUGAAGAGGACGGUGCUCUGCAUCCAGAGUGUGGGAUUGGACGAGCAGAGAGCUUUGCAGCAAGCGGAUUGCCAGCACCUCUCCAAACCAGAAGCCACUGCUCCCUGCCAUCGGGAUGUCCCCUGUCCCUCUCAGUGGGCUAUGGGGAACUGGUCAGAGUGCUCAGCAACAUGUGGGAAUGGAACACAAAGACGCCCUGUUUACUGCAGCAAUAAUACUCAAGCAACUUGUGACCCUGCACAGAGACCCAGCUCGGAAACUAUUUGCUCCUUGCCACGGUGCCAGAAGAAAUUAGACAACGCCAACACUGACUGGUCUGGCAGCGGCUCUUCCAGCAGAGAGAUUUUUAAUGAAAUAAAUUACAUUCCAAAUAACCAUAUUCCCCAAUUUAACCCCGUAAUUCCAAAUAUCCCCGAGUCCAAUGAUGUCAAUAUCAUAACUGAGGAUGACUUCUCAACCAGAAAGGGAAAUUUCUUUGUUGAUGAUUUUUACUACGAUUACAAUUUUAUCAACUUUCAUGAGGAUCUGUCAUACUACCCCUUCACUGAGAAGGAGACCAAAAGCGAGGGCCCUAAGCCAGAGUGGAACAGCAACAAUGUGGAGGAGUCUCCUGAGAUGCCCGUGGAUGUCCUGCACACCAGGAAGCUGGGAGGAGAACAUGAGGAAGAUCCGGUGAAGGAAACCGAAGCAAAUGCUUCUGCUCCUGUGCAUGGCAAAGAGGAGACUGAGUCAGGGGGUUUGGUCUUUAACAACCUAUUUGAUGUGUUCUCUGAGGGUGAAGAAAUGGGGACAGCCACUCCCAGUACUGCUGCUCCUGCUCUCACAAGGAAUGAGGGGGAAGAACUGCCUGUGCCCUAUUCCGAGGGUCCACUGCCCACCCAGCCCGCAGUGAGUCAUGGCUCCACCAGCAGCCUGCUGCUCCCCAGGCUAUCCCUGGGUGCUACACUGGUGGGCACCAGUCCUGCAUGGGAUGCUCCAGCUCACAGCCUUGAUUCCUGGGCCCUGACCAGUCCCUCUACACCGCUGCCCGUUGACAGGGACAGCCCCGGUGCAGGCGGUACACCUAACGGUCUGCAGCCUGUGGGAGAGCCUGCAAACAGAGUCCAGGACCGUGCAAGCACAGUGGCUCCUGAUAGUGCAGGCCGUAAAAACUCAAGGGAAAUGGGAUUUGUCAUCACUGGUGAUAAUAAUAGCGCUGCCUCAAAGACCAAGGAGCAGGAAGAGUGGGCAGAAAUACCAGCACUGGAGGGGACUGCACACACGCAUGCAGCACCGGUGACUGAAGAGCAGCUGCGUGUGACAGAUAGGGUGGCUCCAAAGUCCCCCACUGCACAGAGCCCACAGCAGGAGAUGGGAAGGCAUGCAGAAGGUCCCGGUGAGAGCCCCCAUCCUGCAGAUGCCACCAUGGGCCCUGGAGGAGAGGCAGGGCAGCAGCCAGGAAACCACAUCCAUCUGUCUCUGAUGUUGGUUCCCUUGGUGGCCACCACAACAUCGCUGCCACCAGUGCCUGUGUCCCCCACCAUGCAGGGACCGCUGACACAGCUCACUGCCGGUGACCUCACCCCACAAGGUGCCCUGGUGCCAGCCAUGCCAGCAUCCCCAGCUCACAGCCCUCCCACAGGAGCAUCACCCUCCAAGCCCUCAGCAGUGCCAGGGGCCAAAUGGGGACCAAGGGCAACACAGGGGCCUUACCACACAGCACCAGUGCCAUCCCCUGGCACCCAGCAGCACUCCAGCAUGGCUCCAGUCGGCCACACUGCUCCUGAGGAGCACUCACCACCAGCAGACCCAGGGACACUUGCUUAUGGUGCUGGGGAGCACGAGGUGCCCCAGCCCACCCCCACACCCCUGCCAGUCUGGGAGCAAGAGGAGGCUUUGCUGCUGCCUCCUACCACCAUAGCAGGCACUGCAGUGCCCAGCUGGGAGGUCGGCAACUGGAGCGAGUGCUCGGCCACCUGCGGUGUGGGAGCAAUCUGGCGCAGCGUGCGCUGCAGCACCGGCACUGAGCAGCACUGCGCCGCCGCCAGCAAACCCGUCCCUGCUCGGAGGUGUUCCCUGAGACCGUGCUCAUCCUGGCGUGUGGGGAACUGGAGCAAGUGUUCCAAGAACUGUGGUAGGGGCACGAAGGUUCGGGACGUGCACUGCGUUGACACCAGAGAGCAGCGGCUGCUGCGGCCCUUCCACUGCCAGGCUGUUCUCUACAAACCACCAGCGCAGCUGCCCUGCCAGAACGCACCGUGCCUGGACUGGUACACGUCCUCGUGGAGAGAGUGCUCGGAGCCAUGUGGUGGAGGGGAGCAGGAGCGCCUGGUGACGUGCCCGGAGCUGGGCCACUGUGAUGAGACACUGCGGCCCAACAACACCCGGCCCUGCAACAGCCACCCCUGCACCAAAUGGGUGGUGGGAUCCUGGGGACAGUGCUCAGUGCCCUGUGGAGGAGGCAUCCAGCGGCGCCAGGUGAAGUGCAUCGACACACAGACUGGGCAGGCGCAGGAGGACAGCAGCCUCUGUGACCACGAGCCGUGGCCCGAGAGCACGCAGAAGUGCAACCUGCAGAACUGCGAAGGCACCGAGGCAGGCUUCGUUUGUGAGCGGGACCGCUUGACGUUCAGCUUCUGCCAGACCCUGCGGGUGCUGGGAAGGUGCCACCUCCUGACAGUCCACAUGCAAUGCUGCCAAAGCUGCCGCCAGCACGGGCACCACGGGGCUCCUGACCAGGACCGCGGGGACGAGCGGGCCUCCAGGAGGUGACAGGACCAUCCCAAGCCCAGAAAGCACCUGGACCCGUGGCGGCUCUGGGAGCAGCCCUGCGGCACAGGAGGGAGCUGGGGACCAGCCAGCCGUGCUGCUCUGUCACUGCACAGGGUGGCGUGGCCCAAGAUCCACACGGUGCUCUUGCAAAACACAGGGAAGGCAUGAUUUGUUUCAUUUGUGCUACACUUUAACGGUGCUCAAACGGUCCCUCUGAGAAGUACGUCUGGUUGGGCCGGGGGUGCAGGUCUCACCAAGUGUGCUGUGCCAGAAUGGGCAUAGCUGUCUGUUAGGGUCACAGCCAUCACUGAGCAAUCACAGAGAGCAUGUUAGGGAAGGGAAACUUCAAGCAGCAAUUAUGUGGGGAGUCUUCUCAGAAAUGCUAAUGGUGCUAUCGUUUGAUAUUUUCAGCCUCUUGAUGGUGUUGGCAGGCCAGCACAGAACUCUUGAUUUCUAUUGUUAUUUUUAUAUGUAUAAAAUGAGUAUCAUUCCAUCAGUACAGCUGACCAUUUGGAUUUUUUUUCCCCCCUUAAGGGACUGGAAGUUGGCAACCCAUUUCUGUAAUUUUCAUUGGAUUGUUUACGCACUGAAGCUCAAUAACCAUAAUUUAAGAAACGGAGAGAGAUCAGAGGAAGAAAGCUUUCAGCUUUAGUUACCACCAGAAGCCCUGGGCUCGCAGUGCAUGCAGGGGCCCUGCCCUCUUUGUGCUGAUGGCUUCAUCUGUAAAAGCCCCCACCCGUGUGCGGAGCAGAGGGGCUGGCUGGGGAUACAAGGCAGGAAUGAAGUGAGAGAUUGCUUUGGAGUCAAACAGUGUAGGCCCUUGAGUGGAUCAGUGAAAGAGAUGGAAAGCUGUUCUAGCCCCAGCUGUGAGCAAUGAGUGUGCAUGGCAAACACUGCUCCUAUUUGGCCACAUCCUUCCUUGUGAAAGCCCAAAAGGCCAAGUGAAUUGUACUUACACAACUGGAUUUCGGCAUGCAGUUACACUGCAGAACUUUAAUGGUUGGUUAAGGUGUUUUUCUGUGCUCUUACCAGGCUAAAAACCUUUCUGCUUAUGUAGAUGCACUUCUGUUAAAGUUAGUUGGUUCUUUUUUACUAUAGUAAGUGCUACUGUAUGAGAGGCACCCGGCAGCUGGUCCGGCAGUGCUCCUGUGUUAAUCCUUGAGGCCUUAGGGAGGAUUUGCUGUUAGGUUGGCUCCUGGAGGAGGGCGGGUGCAUUUUGGUAGCACUCCUUUCUGUAUUACUCUGCAGGCUGAGAAACUGGGAGACUGUGAACACAGCACUGCUUGUGCUGAGCUCAGUGGAAAAAGGACAGAGCCCAGCAUCACUGCAUUGCAUUGAGCAGUGUGGUCACACGCAGACGGAUGCUUAAGUUGUACUGUCUGGAACAACUGCAGAACUGUGUCACGUAACAAGGGGAAUUCCUGUCUGUGACUUGCAUGUAAAACACAAGCCAUGACUUCACCAUUUGUGUUGUAUUCCUUUCCAACGUGGUGUAAAUUUUUACAUUUUAAGAGCCUGUGUUCAUUCCUGUUUUCUUUUGGGUUGGCACCGUCUGUCCCUUGCUUCUGUCAGCGCUCCUAGGUUUUGCUAAGGAAUAGCUAGCUCUAAACGUGUUGGGUUUUAAUGGCUAUCGCCCACAAGUGUGUUAAAUUAAACAGUUAUUGAAGGAAAUUGAAGGGUUUCAUAUUUUCUCUUCUCCUUGGGGAAUUCUAAAGGGCUUUUCACUGAAAACUCAGUUAAGCAGAGGCAGUUUAGGUCCUGGCAGCAGCAGGGGUUUGAUUGCUCUCAUCUCAGCUGCAGCAGAGAGAAGCAGUCAGUUUGCAUCUGAAAAUCAUUUAAGGCUGCCCAUAGAAACUGGGAUUUGUGUGAUUGCAAUCUGAGCUCUGUGGAUUCGAGGUAAAGCACUGGUGCUCCCGGAGCUAAAGGCUUCAGCCUCUGAUUUGUGGUGCAAAUUGAUUCACUGCAGAGCUAACCAUAACAACCAAGCAAACCCAGUGGCGUUCUGCUUGUGCACCACAGGCAGUCCAGGCAGCAUACAUUGAAAUUCAGGUGUUUGUUGAAAGAAUUGUGUAAAUUCUGCCUGAAUUAUAUGCAUUUCAGUACAUUGGAGGUGAAGCAUUUAUGUGUAAGUGGCUGAUCUAACUCAGUGCCAUGAUGCAGUCACUGAGCUGCCCUUUCUGUCACCCAACAGUGUGCAGUUCUGGGGACUGCAGCUGUGCCAGGUGUCAUUUCUUCCCAGAACUCGCCUCAGUUUUCCGGAGUCACGAUUCUCUUUUCUCUUAGCACAUCUGACAAUGCUUACUCAUUUUCCUAGCACUGUUUGUGCCCCAUGCCUCCAGGAAAGGUGUGGCCUCGUAAAUUGCCAUGCUUGCUGAGCUUGGGGCCGGCUGCGUGCCAUCCAUCGCUGCAGGCACAGCUCAGGGCAGUUGCACGCUGCCAGCACUGUGCCAGGACAAUGCAGAGCAGCAGUGCUGGGUGCUGCUCACACCACUGACCCCAUGCAGGCGUUGGGCUGGGCAGCGUUCCCCUCCCAGAGCCCUCGCUAUUAAUAGGCCCUGCACAGGGAGAGCCCUAAGCAAUGCUUUUUGUUGCAGAUACAGGAUAUGUGGUUACCAGGAUGCAUUCAAUUUGUCAUUGUAAGAUACUUUUGGUUCAUUACUUCAGAAAGACCCCAUUGAAGACCAACUCUGCAAAACACGUAUGCUUCAUUUGCCACACAGUAAAGGCGGGUUUCCCACUAAUUGAGAACCUUCCCAAUGUGGGACUCUUAAGUCUCACUGACCUUUGUCUGCUCUGUUUUACUCGGCCAGUGUGAAGAAUAUUGGAUUUCUCUGCUAAGCUGUCAGGUGCUGCAGGGAAUUUUGCUCUUGCAGCCAGUUCACCUCCCCACUGGGUUAAUGCAGUGGGUGCUGCAGGCUGGGAUUUAUACAAAUCUGGGCAAGCUUAAUCACAGCACCAACCAGUACUGGAGCAAUGCACAGCUGCAAAAUAUCUCCUGUUCCAAAUGAAUUGGUCUUAAUGUUUGGUGCCAUUGAAGAUUUCAGUGUACAUGGUGUAAACGAUGCCAUCCUCUGCCUGCAGCACAGACUGACUGCAGGCUGCUGCCAUCUCUGCCCUCAUGCACCUAUUCACAUCUGUGUGUAAACACAGAGAGAGUGACAUACAGAUAGGCUUCUCUCUGCUUUGCACAGCUGCAGGCCUCCACAGCAGCAUGAAAUACUUCAGCCUUCACUGCCUUGUUCCCAUCAGCAGUGUGGGGCUGCAGCUGGGUGCCAAGCUGUGUGCACAGGGAGAGGCACUGCAGUAACAUCACCUGUUGCCCUCGGGCUCUCAGUGCCAUUUAUGUGCAAAUCUCACACAUUUAUCUGAUUACAGUCCAGAAGCUGUUCAUUUAAAUUAAAGGUUAUAUGAAACAGGUUGGGACUCUGAAACCAUGACCUGGAGCGUUUUUGCAUUGGAUCAGGAAAUGAAUUGAGAUAACCCUGCUGGGAUUAAAUUUCUAGAGAAAUAAAGCGAAUCAUUGCCAUUUCCCUCCCUGAGAAAUGCCUUUUCCUCUUCCCAGGGUAUUUCAGGUCUUUCUCAUGGAUACGCUUACAUUUAAAUCAGCGUGAAGCUGGUGGAAUUGUAGCAGAAAUUACCCCGGUGAAGCCCACUGACCUUGGGAGGAGGCUUUGCUUGCAGCUGGUAGCACACAGUGCACAGUGCUGCUGUGCAAUGCAAACUGUGCCGGGUGCAGGCAGAGUUCUCCCUCCUCACCCUCUGAAAAUCUGUUUAGCAGAGGCUUCUUUUGGGGCACAUCAUUCACA